AUGUCGAAUCAGACCAUCUUGAGAAUAUCACGAGAGAUUACCCAGAUCCAACAGGGCAGUGACCUGUCCAUCGCUGUCGCUUGCCAGGAGAAGGACGUGCGCCACGUCAAAGCCCUCAUCAUCGGUCCCCACGGCAGUCCCUACGCGUUCGGCUUCUUCGACUUCGCCGUAAAUUUUGGGUCAGAGUAUCCCAGCAAGCCACCAAAAGUUGAGGCCAGAACCACAAAUGCCGGUCGGACGAGGUUCAACCCAAACAUCUACGCUAACGGGAAGGUCUGCUUGUCGAUCCUGGGCACAUGGCAUGGAGAGAGACCAGGUGAAGAGUGGUCUUCUGCACAAGGAUUGGAGUCGAUAUUGUGGUCCAUCCAGAGUCUGAUGAGCAACAAUCCCUACGAAAACGAACCUGGUUACGAGAAUGCCAAGGGUACAGAGGACAAGAGGAUGAAUGACCUGUACUGUGCCAAGAUUCGUCACGAAACGCUCCGAAUAGCAGUAAUCCAGAAGCUCGAGGAGGCACUGGGCAUCCAGCCAGAUGGCUCACUGGCCGCUCCAGUGCAACCCACAGUCCCGUGGGUCUCCGAGGACGACGAGGAGGGUGGGCCUAAAGCAGACCCCUUGGAGGAACAAAUCAAGCUCAAAUUCGCUCCGUUCAGAGAUCUCUUCAAGCGGCGGUUCCUGUGGUACUUUGAACAUUACAUGUGCACCAUUGAAGAAUAUACGCCCAAGAACAAGGAUGGCUCCGACUUUGUGAAGAUGCCCUUUGAAGGCGGAGGUAACAACAUGGAAGGCAAGUUCCGAUACACUGAGUUGGGUAGAAGACUGGUUCGGAUCAAGGAGGUGCUUCGCACAGAAACCGACAACUGGGCGACUGAGGGAUUGGCGUUGAAGGAACGAGAGGCGACCAAGGCAGCGGCAGCCCAACGACAAUUCGAACAAUUGGCAGACUACUUGAAGCGCAAGAAGAUGCACAACGUGGCUGUUGAGCUGGAAAAUGAGAACCCUUUUGUCUGGAUCAUGACCUACUUUGGCAGACCCAGCACCCAUCUGGAUGGCGGGAUCUUCAAACUCCGGAUGGCGGUGAGUCCUCGGUUUCCGGCCGAACAGCCUCGUGUCAAGAUGGAAACACCCAUCUUCCACCACAGGGUGUCCAAGGAUGGUGUGGUAUGCUAUUUCCCCAAGGAAGCAGAUCAGCUACGGAAUCACAUUGAGAGCAUCGUCGAGGCGUUGGAAGAGGAAAGCCCGCCGUAUGACCCGAGGACGAUUGUGCACCCGGAGGCUACCAAGUUACUUUGGGGCAGCGAAAGUGAUAAGAAGAGGUACUUCCGGCAACUAAGGAGAUCGGCGCAGAGGACAACGGAGGAAGGGAUGGACAUGUGA